AUGCCGCACACUCUCUACGCAGAGAUGGCCCUAGAGGCCGGAGGCCCUGGUGCGUCCGCACCGCCUGCAGCGGCGGUAGUUCAGCCACUGGCUGGAGUUGAAGACGGGAGCACAGUCUCCUCCAUUAACUGGGAGAAGAGGUGCAUUCAACCCCCUGAGGAGGCGACCCUGGAGAGGGAUGUUUCCUCCUCCAACCUCUCACCCUGCGGCGUGCCCGGACCUUCCAGCCGGAUAGUUGGGGGUUCAGACUCCACGGAUGGUGAGUGGCCCUGGCAGAUCAGUCUGCAGUACCUGGGCUCCCAUAUAUGCGGGGGGUCCCUGUUAUCCCCGCAGUGGGUGCUGAGUGCCGCACAUUGCUUUGAACGGAGUAACAGUCCUCAGGACUACGGGGUUCACCUGGGAGUGUACCAGCUGCUGUCAUUGUCAUCCCCACAUGAGCUUCUGUCCGAUGUAGAAACAUUGAUAACUCAUCCCCAAUACACGUCUGUGGGGGGCCCAGGGGACAUCGCCCUGCUGAAGAUGACCAGCGCUGUCAGUUAUACCAAUUAUAUCAUGCCGGCCUGUCUGCCAACCUCCUCUGCCUCCUUCCCCUGUGGCAUGGAAUGCUGGGUCACCGGAUGGGGUGCCGCGUCUUCUGGAGUCAGCCUCCAGUAUCCAGGAACUCUGCAGAAGGUGAUGACGCCACUUAUUGACCACGUGACCUGUGAUCAGAUGUACCAUGUGGGAUCCACUGAAAGUACCAACACCGUUAUCAUUCAUGAUGAUAACAUCUGCUCUGGGUACCCCCAGGGGAAGAAAGAUUCCUGCCAGGGAGACUCCGGCGGGCCCCUGGUGUGUAAUAUUCAUAGUGUCUGGUACCAGGUUGGCAUUGUGAGCUGGGGUGAGGACUGCGCCCUACCGUAUCGCCCCGGGGUGUACACCUUGGUGACAGCUUACCAGUUAUGGAUGGAGGAAGAAGUGCCAGAGCUGGCGUUCGUCAAUUUGACAAACAUACCGGAGCCCAGCGGAGAGUGUGGAGGAGACAUUAUCACCACCCCACAGAGUACAGUGUAUCCCACGUCUGCAGUCUUCAACUUCACCACAGCAGCAGCCCAGGAGACCUGUGGCAUGCCGGUUAUCACCAGUCGGAUAGUUGGCGGCACGAACGCAGGAGAAGGAGCUUGGCCAUGGCAGAUCAGUCUGCGCUUCAGGGGCUCCCACAUCUGUGGUGGAUCUUUGAUCUCCAACCAAUGGGUGUUGUGCGCUGCUCAUUGCUUUGAAUGGUCUACCAACCCAUCAGACUACACAGUUGUUUUGGGCGCGUACCAGCUGCAGAUCACCAAUUCUCACCAGAUUACGUCCACCGUGCUGAGUAUCGCCGUGAACCCUCAGUACAGCAGUGCCGGGUCCCCCGGAGACAUCUCCCUUAUCAAACUCUCCAACCCCAUCGCUUUCAGCGAGUUCAUUCUGCCCGUAUGCGUGCCAACAGCAUCCAUGGACUUCCCGGCGGGCAUGAAAUGCUGGGUGACUGGAUGGGGUAAUACCGGGAGUGGAGUGUCGCUGCCGUACCCAGGAACCCUCCAGCAGGUGAUGGUGCCACUUAUCAGCAACAGCGAAUGUAACACCAUGUACCACAUUAAUACCGCCGUCAGUGCCGAUGAAGUCGUCAUCCCCAGUGACCAGAUCUGUGCCGGGUAUCAGGCUGGAAGCAAAGAUUCCUGCCAGGGAGACUCUGGUGGUCCUCUGGUCUGUAAUGUAGGUAAUUACUGGUAUCAAGUCGGUGUCGUCAGCUGGGGAGAUGAGUGCGCCCUACCCAACCGGCCCGGAGUGUACACCUACGUCCCUUACUAUUUUAACUGGAUCUACUCCUACGGAGCCACUCGCUUGUCCUCAACCGCAUCUGUUCUGACCGGGUCCCUUCUGCUGUUAUUAAGUUGCUUACUGUUGCACGGGUCACCACGACUGGAGGAUUAUAAAGUUUAUCUGGGUCUGAACCAGCUGGAUGUGAUCACAAAUCAAACAGUUGCUUCUGACAUAACAUCAAUCAUUCUCAACAGCAAAUAUACAAUCACAGGAUCAGUUGGGGACAUUGCUCUUCUAAAGCUGGCCAAUGCCGUCAAUUUCACCCAACACAUCAUGCCAAUCUGUCUGCCAUCUUCCUCUGUCACCUUUCCGUGUGGCAUGGACUGCUGGGCGACUGGUUGGGGUAAAACAUCCUAUAAUGGGUCACAGCCUGCUAAUGGGAUCCUUCAAAAGGUCAUGGUUCCUCUCAUCGACUACAAGACAUGUGACCAGAUGUAUCAUGUUCACAGUUCAGGAAAUGCCAUUAUUCAAGAUGAGAAGAUAUGUGCUGGAUAUAAAAAUGGACAGAAGGACUCCUGUGUGGGUGACUCUGGAGGCCCUCUGGUGUGUAAAGUCCAAGAUGUCUGGUACCAAAUUGGAGUCGUAAGCUGGGGAGUUGGUUGUGCCAACCAAAACCGCCCCGGUGUGUACACUCUUGUGACGGCCUAUCAAGACUGGAUCAGCCAUUAUCUGCAGGUGGGAGGAGGCGGAGGACUAAAAAGGAGGAGGCAGACCCAGAACAAGAGAGGGAGGUAG